AGUGAGGAGGCUGCGUCUGGCUUCCGCUCUCACAGCCAUUGCAGUACAUUGAGCUCCAUAGAGACAACGCCAGGGCAAGUGAGAGCCGGACGGGCAGUGGGCGACUCUGUGCCUCGCUGAGGAAAAAUAACUAAACAUGGGCAAAAGAGAUCCUAAGAAGCCGAGAGGCAAAAUGUCAUCAUAUGCAUUCUUUGUGCAAACUUGCCGGGAGGAGCAUAAGAAGAAGCACCCAGAUGCUUCCGUCAACUUCUCAGAGUUUUCUAAGAAGUGCUCAGAGAGGUGGAAGACCAUGUGUGCUAAAGAGAAGGGAAAGUUUGAAGACAUGGCAAAGGCGGAGAAGGCUCGUUAUGAAAGAGAAAUGAAAACCUAUAUCCCUCCUAAAGGGGAGACAAAAAAGAAGUUCAAGGAUCCCAAUGCACCCAAGAGGCCUACUUCGGCCUUUUUCUUGUUCUGUUCUGAGUAUCGCCCCAAAAUCAAAGGAGAGCAUCCUGGCCUGUCCAUUGGUGAUGUUGCAAAGAAACUGGGAGAGAUGUGGAAUAACACUGCUGCAGAUGACAGGUAGCCCUGCGAGAAGAAGGCUGUCAAGCUGA